CUCCCUCUUCCCUUCCGCGAUUUAUUUUAUUAGGGGGAAAAAGGAGGAAAUCACCGCAAAUUCACCUACCCGCUCUCAAGCAAACGCUGGGUUUUUCCUAGGGUGCUGGAUAAGACAGAGGAAGAAGGCCGGGGGGAUAAUGACAAACAAGCCCGAGGGUCGUAACAGGGUGCAUCUUGGCAGUGCCCCGACACAUGAUAUUUGAGGCUCAACAUUUCACCCCCACAAACCACAAACCCUUUAAUCCAUCACCUCCCCCGCUAUAGCUCGCCGGAAGGAGAGCCCUCUCUCCUAGCUCCUGAUAGCCCUCUUCACUCUUUUCCAUAAGUAAAACUACGGGCUAUAUACACCAAGCACACAACUACCUCUCUUCCAGCUGCGCUACAUCUCCUUCAUCUCAUCGACUCGCAGAGCUCAUCUCACCGAACCUACCCCCCCCCCCAUUUUCGUCCCAUCACCGCACUGCUACCAAAAUCAGUUCAUUAUGGAAGGCUCUUCCGACAUAAAUGGAGUCAAUGACUUUGACGAACUAGAUACAUGGAGACAACAAGUCGAGCUCCGAGAUAUUAAAGCCCAACAACAAUUGACGAAACAACAUUAUGGCUCACCAACAGGCUCGCCAACACACACACCCCCUGCAGCCGAAGAUGUAAAAGCAAGUUUGGCUGUCCUGGAAAUGGCUCCAACUUCCGAUUUCGCAGAGAUGGAAAAACUAUCCAGAGACUACCAGCCGGAUCUUCAGGGUCCACUUGUUGGAGCAGUAAAGUCUAGCAAGGCUUUGGAGGUGGAGUAUGCUGGCGCUGAUCCAGCCUUUGUGAGAAAGACAGUGGCACUUUCCCCUAAAUACCCAUUUUAUCGCACCAUACUUGGGGAUGGUAACUGUGGAUGGAGAGCUGUUGCCUUUGGAUUCUUCGAGCUUCUUUUAAAAACCGGGGAUACAAACCACGUUGGGAUGCAGUAUGCUCGUAUUGCGUCUUUAAACGGUCUCAUGGAACUUGCCGGUCUCCAGCCUUACAUCUACGAGGAUUUUGCAGAUGUCACAUUUGAGCUGCUUUCUGCUAUUAACUCUUCACCAACGAUUGAUACCCCGUGGGACGUUUCCAUGAUUGCAGAACGCUUCAAUAACCCUGAGGUUUCGAAUGCCAUUAUUACUCAUUUUAAGUUCCUUACAAGCUCUUGGAUGAAGACCCGCCCGGAGUAUUAUCAGCCGUUUUUGGACCGGCCGGUUAAGGACUUUUGUGAAGCUCAGAUCGAACCCUACGGUAUUGAGAUCGAGCAUGUUGGGCUUAUGGCUCUGAUUGAUUGUAUGGUCCUUCCUGCUGCGUUUGCGGUUGAAGUGUUUUACCUUGACCGUAGCGCUGGCGAUGAGGUUAAUGUGCAUCGCUUUGCCGACCUGGGGGCUGAUGGCGGUAUUCCAACACCUCCUGAUGCACCAGUUCUGAGGCUUCUUUAUAGACCUGGCCAUUACGACAUCAUCUACAAGAAGGGAGAUAUCCCAGAAGCAUCACCCCCGUCGAUUCAGGUCUCGUUUCUCUCAAGUUUGCCCGAGCAGACAUUUGCUCCUACACCCUUAGGAAGUAUAUUCCAUCAAAUACCUUCCUCCAACAUGGACCCCUUCUCUACGGAGCCUGGCCCAUCCAACUUCCGUCCCUCCAUGUUCAACUUACCAGCUUUUCAGCCUUCUCCCCUCCAGUCUCUGCCAUUCCAAACAACCACGUUCCGUAAUUCGCCCUUUAACCCAUCUCACUUCCAGAGUGAGCAUUUCCAACCGGAAAUUUAUCAGCCCCCUACACCUACCUCACUUGGUGGAUCUAAACGCAGUUCUUCUGCUGAGAAGUCUUCUGGAGGGAGUUUGAAUGAAUGGGAUAACGGACAGUAUCCGAAAGAUGAGCACCCACCUUAUUCUUGAUUGUAUCCAUAGUGAUGGUUGCAUUGGGGGAUCUCUGCAACAGUAAAUAGAUGACGGAUGGUUUUCUCUUUCUUCAUUCUUAUUUCCGUUAAAUUUACCUCUAUCCUCCUUUUUCUGUGUUUUCUUCCAGAUGCUUUGUUCCUUGUCUGCCAUUACCCUUGUUCCUUUUUGCUUCUAUUCUGAUUCAACCAGCGGGCAGGCGUAAUCGUUGUUUUUUCUUUUGCGAUUUCUAGUGUAACGAGGACCGGUUCUAGGUAUUAUUUGUCUGCGAUAGUUAAAUGAGCAUUUUCCCCCCAUCUGAUUUGCCAAGAAUGACGUAGGAUCUGCGGCAAGGAUAGCUCAUCCCUCUGCGAGGACUACUCGUACGAGUACAAUGCGCAGCUGGGCUGUUCGAGUGCUUCGGACGUGCGAGUGAUGGACCUGUUUCGUCAUUGGGCUAACUUAUAUAUACCUACUGUGCCUACUGAACCAACAGCCUAUCUAACCGCUGCUAUCACCAUUAACAAUGUCUGCAGCAAGACGCAUAGGAUUCACCAUCCCUUCGCUGUUCCUCCUUUCGGGAACUAUAGUCCUACUAUUCCUACUACUACUAGCAGGAACGUAUGACAGAAAACCGCUGAAUCAGAUAUUCUUUCUACAAGCGGACACCCGCGACAUACCCAAUGCACCAGACAGCCUCUGUCAUUGGACGCUCUACAAUUACUGCGACUCCCGCGACGGGAGAAACUAUGAUUGCCGCCCCAAUAGCGCUGCAUACCCAUUCUUACCCCAGCGGAACUUCGGCACGGAGACGAACAUCC